CAGUCCACAUUCAUGGCUCUCCAGUUUCCCAUCCAGUGGGGAUUAUGGUCUCUGAAAUAACUAAGAUUCCAUCUGCCAUCCUUGACAAUGGAUCAGGGCUGUGUAAAGUCGGCAUUUCAGGGGAGCAGAGUCCCCGAUUCAUCCAAGCCACAGUCCUAGGUUAUCCCCAAAAUAUCAUCCCCAAGGCAGAUACAGAGCCCAAGGCAUGCUAUGUUGGACAAGACGCCCAGGAUAAGAGAAACAUCCUCACGUUGAGAUAUCCAAUGCAACAUGGGAUUGUCACCUCCUGGGAUGACAUGGAAAAGAUCUGGAAGCAUCUGUAUGAACACGGCCUCAGAGAGCCCCCCGAGCUGAGACCCGUGCUCCUGACCGAAGCGCCUCUGAAUCCUCCCGAGAACCGAGCCAAGAUGAUAGAGAUCUUCUUCGAGACGUUCCAAGUGCCAGCCCUCUACGUGGCUCUCCAGGGUCUCAUGGCGCUGUACGCCACAGGGAAAAACACGGGCAUUGUUUUGGAUUGUGGGGAUGGAGUCACUGGGGUCAUCCCCAUCUACGAGGACCGCUGCCUCCUCCAAAGCAUGUCCAGGUCCGAUUUUGCAGGGAGAGAUGUCACCAACUACCUAUCCAGGCUGCUCUUGGAGAGAGGUAUCCACCUGGUGAACAAGGGCAACAAGGACGUGGUCACGGACAUCAAAGAGAGACUGUGCUACGUCAUCCCCGACCCACACGAACGAAAGAAGGCGACGACCAUCGAUUGCUCCAUGUACAAUUACAUCCUUCCCGACGGUCACUCCAUGCAAAUCGGGGAGGAGUUGUUCCAAGUCCCCGAGUCCCUCUUUCAGCCCUCGAAGGCGGGCUCCUCAUCUCCUGGGAUUCACAAAUUAGUCUUCAAAAGCGUGAUGAAAAGCAGCCACCACUUCCAGAAAGACCUUCUGAAGAAUCUGAUCCUGUCUGGAGGCUCUACCCUGUGCCCGGGGCUGAAGAAGAGGCUCUGGAUGGAGCUGGAGUCUCUCCUCAAAGGAAGCCCCAACGUCAACAUCACAGCACCCAGCGACCGCCUUUUGUCCGUGUGGAUCGGCGCUUCCGUCAUCACGAGUCUAUCCACCUUUGAGCAGAUGUGGGUCUCCAGAGCGGCCUACCAUGAGAUUGGCCCCGCGGUAAUUCAGGAGAAAUGCUUCUGGUGAGACGAGCAUCCCUGGACCACAGACAACAUCUAGAGUAUCAGAAAAUACACACAUUUCCAACCAAAAAAGACUGCAGUGUGUGUGGGUGAU